GAUCAUUUGAUUGGCUGGAUGCGCUGUCAAUCUAGUAGUCUUGGAUUCAAUAAGGCGCGAGUCGCCACUUUGGAAGAUGAAUGACUGAAUACUUCCGCCGGAAGUGUCAUGGUGCUUCUGAGGGAAGGUCUGUGUCCAGGGUUGAGUGAAGACCUCAUCAAGGCUCUUCGUGAAGGAGAUGUUAGAACAGUUGAGGACCUUGUCUUGUCUGACCCAGAACAUCUGGCCCAGAAAUGCUCAGUGUCCUAUAAGGCCUUGGUAGCAGUGCGGCGUGUGCUUCUGGCUCAGCACACUGCGUUUCCUGUCUCGGGAGCCGACUUGUACGACGAGCUGCUGAGCUCCACUUCUAUUCUCUCCACAGGAAUCGGCAGUGUGGACAAGCUGCUAGACUCGGGUUUAUACACAGGAGAGAUCACUGAGCUGUGUGGAGGACCAGGAACAGGUAAAACACAGACGUGCUUCAGCGUAGCCGUCCACGUUGCCCACGAGCUCAAGCAGAAGGUAAUGUACGUCGACACAAACGGAGGAAUAUGCGCUAACCGACUGCUUCAGAUUCUCCAGCAGAAAACCGCCAAUACAGCAGAGCAGAUGAACGCUCUUCAGAGGAUCGACGUUCUCCGAGUGUUUGACGUCUUCACCUUACUGUCCUGCCUUCAAAAUCUAAGAGCAAGCAGCCUCCAGAGGGGAUCAGUCGGUGUUGGUGGCUCAGUGAAAGCCGUGAUCGUGGACUCCGUGUCGGCCGUGCUCUCCCACAUGCUCGGAGGGAAACAGAAUGAAGGUAUGUCCUUGAUGAUGCAGGUGGCUACAGAGCUGAAGAUAAUCGCCAAAGAUUUUAACGUCGCCGUUCUGGUGACCAAUCAUGUGACGCGAGACAGGAACAAUCAGCUGAAGGCAGGACUGGGGCAGACAUGGAGUCAUGUUCCACGCACACGAAUCCUCCUUCAGCGAACAGAGCAGCCUGGAGCUUCUUCCAGCUUCCGCACGGCUACUCUUCUUAAAUCCUCUCGACGGCCCUGCUACCUGAUGGAGGAGUUUGAUUUGAGCCCGCAGCCUCAGGAAGAGUCACGACCUCGCUUUGCAGGGAAGAGGAAACUGGACACUGAUUCAUAACAAGCUGCUAACAUUUAGGUACAGAACAUCACGACAUGGACCAUAUUUGUAGCAUUAAAGCGCUAGUUUUCCACACAGUAAUCAGUUAUGUAAGGAAAGAAUCGAUUAUACAGCACACCCUGAAACACUUUAUUCCUCUUAUACCACACUGAUUACGUUAUUUAUUAUUAAAGAACGAUCAAACAGGCGAUUUCCCGUUAACGGCUUGAAUCCUGUGUCAGUUGUUACUAUAGUAACUGUACUGAAAGUUUGCUGGAAUAGAAAAUGUAUCAGCGCAGCACCAUGAUAUAAAAAUCAUUCAUUAUAUACACCGCCAGGAAGAAAAUCAGUAAACAUACCAUUUACGUUUCAGACGUAAAAGGAAAAAUGCACCAGUAACUGAGCUGAAUGGGUUUGUUUUUUAGGGGUGAGAAAUGUUCAGUUUCGUUAUGUUAACGGAAAUAUUCCUGCAGAUGGUUUCUGAUGUAAAUAAACAUUGAAAACAGCAAUCUAAUCUGCACCUGAAAUGUCAUGUGAUGUGGUGAUUGACUUUUAUUGCUUUGCUCUGCUCUUUAGAAACAGACUCAUUGUGUAAUAGUGCAGUGUUCUGGACUGUCUGCCAAACUGCCCUCCUGCUAUUGUGUUAACUGAUACAGCUCUGUAACACACUGUAUCGUGGUUGUUUUUGUUAGUGUAUAAAAUUCAUCUCCAUUUCAAACAGGAAUGAUGCUUUUCCGUUCAGGUUGCUCGAAUGUGCCUGUUUCUAUGCUUAAGUUUAAAACGUCUCUCCACUGAUGUUUAUAAUCCAUAAUGUAAGUUGAGCUGAAUGCUAUACAGAGUAAACUUUCGCUGGCUCAUGACCGGGACAAAUCCAGAAAAAUGGCCAAUCUGAUCUAGCUAACUCAUCAGGAACAGAGCCAGGAGUGUGAGUGUGUGUGUGUUCUGCUUUGCAUAGGCAAGCUACAUUCUCUCCUGUUCUAAAAAGCCCAUUUCUUUUCCUAUUAAAAAAUAAAAUGGAAUUCGGCACAUGAUGUGCUCAGACACUGAGUUUCUGCAUAAUAUCAUGAUCCAAAAACUUCUACAACCUCUAUCUAUCUAUCUAUCUAUCUAU